AUGAGCAAUCCUGUCCCGAGGGCCCCUAGGAGAAGGACUGUGCCAAAUCAGACAGGUGCUAGAGGGAUAGCGCCAGAGGAUCCUAGAUUGGAUCGGAUUAUGCAGGCUUUAGAGACUUUGGUAGGGCAGCAAGCUCAGAACCAAGCCACUGCUGCUGCUGUACCUGCACCUGCACCUGUAGAUGUUCCGUUGGCUCGAAACGGAAAUGGGAAUCAGCCCAUGCAUAAGUUGGUAGAGCAAUUUCUAAAGCUCAAACCGCCCAAGUUCACUGGUGCGGGUGAUUCUGAGGCUGCAACCCUCUGGAUUAGAGAGUUGGAGACGGUGUUUGCUUUGCUGAGGUGCUCAGAUGAAGAUAAAGUGACAUUGGCAGUUUAUCAGUUGCAAGGUAAUGCUAGUACUUGGUGGGAAGCUACCCAAAUGAGGGUAUUUCCCGAGGGUACGGCCCAGUAUGAGGCAAAGUUUGCUAAAUUGUCCAAGUAUGCGCCGAGGUUGAUUGAAGACCCGGUUGAUAAAGCAAGGAGGUUUAGGGAUGGACUGAAGCCUGAAAUCAAAGAUCAGUUGGUGCCUCUGAAUCUGAAGGAUUAUGACGAACUUUAUGAGAGGGCACAGUUGAUUGAGAGGAACUUGGCUGAUAAGGCAGCCGCGUCUGGAUCGCGGUUUGUGCCAAACAAGGAUAAUCAGCGGUUUGGGAAGAAACCGAUGACUAGGGGUAGGUUUCCCAUCCCUCAUAACAAGAAGAAUGGCGUGAGAAAGUCGGUGUACAACAACAAUAAUGGCCCCUGUCGAUUCUGUGGAAGGCGCCACGGAUCAGCCCCAUGUCCUGCUAGGACGGGAGCUUGCUUUGGAUGUGGCCAGCACGGUCACCACGUAAGAGAUUGUCCACGCCAAGCCAUAGGAGCACAAGAACCAAGACAGCAAGUAGGACAACCUGCAAGGACUGCCCCGCCGAACCAGUUGAACUGA